GGUGCAACACCAUCUCCUGCAGAGGUUAACGGCAAGAUCCCCCGACUCAUCGACACCUCCUCAAGGUCAGUUCAUGCCCGAUUUCCGUGUCCCUGCCAUCCAAGUACACGGAGAAUACGUUCGAGAGUGACUAGGAUCCGAUUUGAGACGGUGGUCUGAGUGGGCGAGGGCGGAUGGCUGGGACACGAAGCGGAUUACACGGUGGUAUACUGAUUGACUUUACAGAAAAUGCCGACUCGUUUCUCGAAGACUCGUAAACACCGUGGCCACGUCUCUGCAGGCCACGGACGCGUUGGAAAGCACCGCAAACACCCCGGUGGUCGUGGUCUCGCUGGUGGUUUCCACCACCACCGGACUAACUUCGAUAAGUACCACCCUGGUUACUUUGGUAAAGUCGGUAUGCGCCACUACCACUUGACACGCAAUGCAACCUGGCGACCCAUCAUCAACGUUGACAAACUCUGGACACUUGUAUCCGAGGAGGAAAAAAAGGAUUUGACGGAGGACUCAGAGAUUGUACCGGUGAUUGACACUCUCCGGCAUGGAUACGGAAAGGUGUUGGGUAAUGGACAACUACCAAAGUUGCCUUUCAUUGUCAAGGCACGGUGUGUUUCAAAAAGGGCCGAGGACAAAAUCAAGGAAGCUGGUGGGGUCGUAAAGUUGAUUGCAUAGGUACAUGCUGCUCAUUACUUGUUUCUUCUUUCCUCCCUGUAUACGCCACGCACCCAUGCAAUGCACAUAUGAUAGCACCCAUGCUCCUGCUAUGAAU